UAUAAGGUAUGUUUCUAUGACAAUCUCUAUAUUGCAAAAGUUGUUUUCAGACAGAUUUAAAAAGUAAAUGGAAAAGAUACAGCUGAAAUUGGUUCUUUUAGUGAUUUUUAAACUAUUUUACAUAUCUUCUACUACCGUUACAAAUGUUUUAGUAUUGUUACCUGGGAAAAGAGGAACAUUUUAUUUCCCGUUUGGAAUGGAACGAGCCGGUGCUGCAGUCUUUGCUGUGGAUGACGUAAAGAGCGAAGGACUAUUGCCUAACAAUGAUCUGACCAUACAAUACGAGAAUACAAAAUGUAAUGAUGUCUAUGGAUUGGGUAGAACGAGUGAUUUGUUGGCACAGACAAAAUAUCAUGUAAUAAUUGGACCACAGUGCUCAGGAGUAUGCAGCCAUGUAUGCCGACUAGCCGCCUACUACAAUAUACCAUGUUUCUCGGGAGUUUGUCAAGACACUGAGAUGCUUAACAAGAAUACAUUUAAGACAUUGACUCGGUUUCUCGGAACAUUUGACAAGGUUGGUCUCGCUGUGACAGGAUUAAUGGAUACGUUUGGAUGGACGCGCUUUAGCGUCAUAAGUCAGUUUCACGUAGAUAAGAUUUGGAUGUUGACACGUGACGCCAUCGAUGAAACAGCAACCAAUAAAAAUAUGACGGUUGCAGCAGUCCAUACAUAUGGCGCAGAGGGUGAACUGUCAUUACUGGAAAUAGUGAAAAAUGUUGCUGCAGAAUCAAGAAUUAUUGUAUUGGCGGUUAGAGGCGAAACCCUGAGAGAAAUAAUGCUCUUGGCAAAUCAAAUGGGAAUGACGAAUGGAGAUUAUCAAUUCAUAUGUAUUUACUACUACUCCCAACGAAACAUAUUUGGCGAUAUAUCUUGGAAAAUGAAUAACAGUGACGAUUCUAUUGUUAAAGAGGCUUACAAAAGUGUUAUUUUUGUGUCUUACUACACUCCGAUGACGUAUGAAUACACACAGUUUAUAGAAAAGGUCAAACAGAGAUCACACGAUAUAUUCAAUUAUACAUAUGCAGAGGACGAAGAAGUGCCCUAUCCUGCUGCGAAUUUAUACGAAGCAAUGUAUGGAUUUGCUCUCUCUUUGAACCUAACACUUAGUAAUAACACGGAUAUACAUGAUGGAGAAACAAUAGCUCGUCGUCUUUGGGGAAACCAGUACCAAACUGUAACUGGAAAUAUAACACUGAAUAGCAAUGGCGACAGACAACAAGGUUACAAGUUUGAGCAAAUUGGUGACGAUGACAACUUUACCUUAACAGUAGUUGGAUAUUACUUCAGCGUUGAUGGACAAUUUACGGAAAAUGACGAAGAUCCAAUAAAAUGGAUAAAUUCGGUACCUCCAAAGGACCACCCACCCUGUGGUUUUUAUGGUGAAUACUGUGCUAAAGGAUUAUCCCAACAGUCAAUCAUUCAAAUCAUCACAGGUUGUUUUAUUGCUGUUGUGUUGUUGAUUAUUUGUUUGAGUAUAAUCAUACAGAAAGUUGUAGCUAGGAAAAUAAAAACCAAAGAAAGUGAAAGUAUAUGGAGAAUAAAAAAGUCUGACUUGUCCAUAACCGAACGGUCUAUGUGGUCAAUGUCGAGGGUAUCAAUCCGAUCAGACCCCUCAGAGGAAACGGUAGAUAACAGAGUCACAAAAACUGCAUACCACAAGGGUUCUCUUGUAUGCAUCAGAUCUUAUACAAAGAUGCACUCAGAUAAAAUGCCGAAUUUUAAAGAAUUGCGUCAGAUGAGAGAGCUGGAUCACAAUAAUAUUGUAAAGACAGUUGGUUUUGUAAUAGACCCACCAGAGCUGUUAUAUGUGUUCGAGUUUUGUUCAAAAGGGAGUCUCAUGGAUAUUCUUGAGAACGAGGACAUAAAUUUGGAUUGGGAUUUCAAGUACUGUCUUAUGUGGGAUAUAUUAGAGGGGUUGGACUACUUAUCUAGAAGUAGUUUACGCUAUCAUGGAAAUCUUAAAAGUUCAAAUUGUUUAGUAGACGGUCGGUUUGUUCUAAAACUAGGUGAUUAUGGACCCCGAGAAUGGCUGAAAUACAAGGACAAAUCAGAUAGAGACAGACUAUGGUCAGCGCCAGAGAUAAUAAAAGGGUUUCAUCUUUUAACUCAAGCGGCGAAUCAAGCUGCAGAUAUUUAUUCUGUUGGAAUUAUAUUACACGAGAUUUUACAUCGUAGCGGACCAUUUGGAGUGGAAUGUUUGGACAUGUCAACAUAUGAAAUUGUUGAUAAAGUCAAGAUAGAUACCAUUCCUCCAUUCAGACCUGUAUUUGACCCAUCCCUCUGUCCUCAGAAACUGCAGACUAUUAUUGCAAGUUGUUGGGUAUCAAAUCCUUUUGAAAGACCACUGCUGAAGGAUGUAUCAAAAGCAAUCAAUUCUAUAACAGGCUCAAAGUUAAAAGCUAAAAAUCUAUUGGAUAAUUUACUCAAGCGAAUGGAACUGUAUGCGAAUAAUUUAGAAGGAAUAGUAGAAGAAAGAACAACGAAAUACCUCCAUGAGAAACAGAGGGCAGAGAAUCUCCUAUAUAGACUUUUACCUCAAUCAAUAGCACACCAGAUCCAAGUACAGGGUACAGCUGAUCCAGAAUCGUUUAACAAUGUGACAAUCUUAUUCACAGAUAUCGUACAGUUUACAACUUUGUCGGCAGAAUCGUCACCAAUGCAGAUAAUUGACAUGCUGAAUACCCUAUACUCAGGCUUUGAUGAAAUAAUCAACGAAUAUGAUGUUUAUAAGGUUGAAACAAUAGGUGAUGCCUAUAUGUGUGUUUCUGGACUACCUCAACGAAAUACUUACCACUAUUUUGAAGUCUCGAAAAUGAUAAUGUCUAUAAUGAGAUAUGUAAGCACCUAUGAAAUCAAACAUAAACCUGGAAGAAAGCUUCAGAUGAGAGCAGGUGUACAUUCAGGAUCCUGUGUUGCUGGUGUAAUUGGUGUUAAGAUGCCUCGUUAUUGUCUCUUUGGAGACACUGUAAAUACGGCUGCAAGGAUGGAAAGUUCAGGAGAAGCUUCAAAGAUACAGAUAAGUGGAGCAACAGCUGCCCUAUUAAAAACUGACCCAUUAUAUACAGUAUUACCUAGAGGAGAAAUUCUUGUAAAGGGUAAAGGAAUCAUGAUGACUUAUUGGUUGGAAUGGGAAACUAAUAUCUGAAGUACUAUAAGAGACUAUCUAAUGAUUUCUACGUAUCACGCCAAUGGCAUGGAGCGAUCGAUGACAACAAAGUUAUCAUGUUUCCUUGAAGUAACUACAUGUAGUAAUAUAAUGAAAACUGUCAACAAAUUGCUGUAGUGCAUGAAUUUCGAACAUUUAAAACAAUGUCAAAGCAAAAUCAUAUAAUAUGCCAUAAUAAAUAAGUACCAUGCAACACCAGAGGUGCAUAAAUUUACAAAUAAUCAAAUGUCUCGUUACACACAAAUAGAACCUGUGGGAAGUUCACUUAACAACUUAUUUAAAACAACCCGUUUAAUAUAUAAACCGUAUUCUUCCUUUUGUUCUUUUACAACUGAAUGACAUCAAAAUUGCAACUUAUAACUUGAUUAGUUUGUUAUUCAUAAAAAUAUUGGUAUAUAUAUUUAAAAUAUUGUAAAAACAAGUCACGUUUUAGAUAUAAUCUGCGUAAAAAAAGAACAACCUUCUACAAAUCUCAGUGAAGUGAAGCACUGAGAUGAAUCGAGAACUAGAAUAUUUCUUAUGAAAUAAAACGAAGCAGUUAGGGAUUUGUUGAGCAAUGAUUGUGUACACGGUAACAGUAUACGUGUUAAAGAAACACCUACACACACAUCUGCUGAAAAAAAAUAAAGAAAUUAAAAGACCGCAAAGAUGGUAAAGAUGAUUGGGUAUGUUGAGUAUGUUACUAUUGUCAAAAGUAGGAUGAGUGAAGCUUCAAUACCUUAAGUUUUUACUUUGACCCUUGACAAAAAUUAAAAAAAAUAAAAAAAA